CUUGUCGCCCCGACCAAUCGGAAGGCUCGCUUACCAAAACACUUCCGUUUAGCUCUCGCUGCAGCCUGUCUGGUCUUUCCCAGCGGAGUGGUCCGUGUGAGCGGCGUUCACUGAAGUUUACGGCACGUAGAAACAAAAACAAAGAUGCCUCCAAAGAAGGGAGAUGCCCCUAAGCAGCCCCAGUUGAUUGGACGCUUUGGGACGUCGCUUAAAAUCGGAAUCGUGGGAUUGCCGAAUGUCGGCAAAUCCACCUUUUUCAACGUGUUGACCAAAAGCCAAGCUGCAGCCGAGAACUUUCCCUUCUGCACCAUCGACCCAAACGAGAGCAGAGUGCCCGUCCCCGAUGAACGCUAUGAUUUCCUCUGCCAGUAUCAUAAACCAGCCAGUAAGGUUCCCGCUUUCCUUAACGUGGUGGACAUCGCCGGCCUGGUGAAGGGGGCUCACUCGGGGCAAGGGCUGGGGAACGCGUUCCUCUCCCACAUCAGCGCCUGCGACGGCAUCUUCCACAUGACACGGGCCUUUGACGAUGAAGACAUAAUCCACGUCGAAGGCAACGUGGACCCGGUGCGGGACAUGGAGAUCAUCCACGAGGAGCUGCGGCUCAAGGACGAGGAGAUGAUCACGCCCAUCAUCGACAAGCUGGAGAAGACGGCGGUCCGAGGCAACGACAAGAAGCUGAAACCCGAAUACGACAUCAUGUUGAAGGUGAAGAACUGGGUGGUGGACGAGAAGAAACACGUGCGAUUCUGCAACGAUUGGAAUGACAAAGAGAUUGAGGUUCUGAACAAGUACUUGUUCCUCACAUCCAAACCGAUGAUCUACUUGGUCAACCUUUCCGAGAAGGAUUACAUUAGGAAAAAGAACAAGUGGUUGGCUAAAAUCAAGGAGUGGGUGGACACUCACGACCCGGGCUCCAUGGUGAUCCCCCUCAGCGGAGCGUCGGAGUCCAAACUGUUUGACAUGGAGCCGGAGGAGCAGAAGAAAUAUUGCGAGGAGCAAAAGACACAGAGUGUCCUCACCAAAAUAAUCAAGACGGGCUAUGCGGCGCUACAGCUGGAAUACUUCUUCACUGCGGGACCGGACGAGGUGCGAGCGUGGACCGUCAGGAAAGGCACCAAAGCUCCACACGCGGCCGGAAAGAUCCACACCGACUUCGAGAAGGGCUUCAUCAUGGCCGAGGUGAUGAAGUUUGACGACUUCAAAGAGGAGGGCACCGAAAAUGCGGUCAAGGCUGCAGGGAAAUACAGGCAACAGGGUCGGAACUACGUGGUGGAGGACGGUGACAUCAUCUUCUUUAAAUUCAAUACACCCAAUGCGCCCAAGAAGAAAUAAGAUUGUCAAAAAUUAUUUUUAAAUAGGAGAAUGCCAUCCACACUUUGCUUUUUAUUGACCACACACAGAAGGCCUUUAAUCUGCUCCAGAAUCAUGUGGACCUUCAAAGCUGCCCUAAAAACAUGUCAUCAUCAUCAAUAAAAUGUGACAGAACCCG